AUGUCUAAGAAGAAGAGCAUGGAUGUUUGUCUGCGCAGAUUGAAGCAGGAGCUGGUGUCCAUGAAGGAAGCAGGAGAUGGCCUCCAUGCUCAGAUGAAUUCCAUGAUGGGAGCGCUCCAGGAACUCAAGCUCCUUCAGGUUCAAACCGCUCUAAACAACCUCAACCUGUCAGCUCGACAUCUGCACGAUACAACAGUUUCGGACACCAGUGCUUCAGAAGCAGAUCCCAGAUUGUGCUUGUCCAACAAUCCCAGCACAAGUCCUGAGCCGUCAACAGAUUUCUCACAAAGCAGAACCAGUGAAGGGACACUGUCCUCAUCCAGCUCCAGUCUGGAAAUGGAGAGAAGUGAGGAAGGAGACAUGGAAGCUGUACCACAGAGAUGGUCGGGCUACGUGGCACCGCAAGCGGAUUUCUACGGACCCACGGUGGGCAACCCUCCACCCGAGCCAUACAUGCAGCCUUCCAAGCGCAACCAACCGGUGGAUCUGCCAGGCAUCCUCUACAGCCUCUCCAGAGAAGGUCCGUCGCUGGAUAACGACUACUCCCAAGACAGCACGGAUGAUGCCGGUGACUGGACUUCCUCUCUCAUGAACCGAAGCCGCAAUCGCCAACCCCUAGUGUUGGGCGAUAACAUCUUCGCCGACCUUGUUGGCAACUGGCUGGACUUGCCAGCGAUUGAACCGGAAGAAUCAGGGGAAGAGGGGGUGAAGAGAGCAGCAGAUGAGGGCAAUGACAGACCCGACACCCCGGCACACCCGCUGCGCCUCAGCCGAUCACAGGAGAUCUGCAGGAAGUUCUCACUCACAACCAAUAUUUUCAAGAAGUUCCUUCGAGGCGUACGACCUGACAGGGACAAGCUGCUCAAAGAGCGGCCUGGCUGGAUGGCUCCAGAGCUCUGUGAGGGCAACCUAGUCAAGAGGCCUAAAAAAUCAGUUUCAAAAAGCUCCAAAGGGAGCUUUUACCUGCCUUUCUGGGCCAAUGGACCACAGGGAAAAGUGCAGCUAGACACACAUCCAAGUAACCAAACCCAUAUUCAGCAGUACCAAGAGAAGCCGUUUACAGGGAUUUACUUAGACCGGAGACGGCCGGAGGGCAGACAGCGGAAAAUGCAACCCUUGUUUGACUACAACACAGCUGUGUGGGUCUGA